AUGUCGUACUCUAUUGAAAAUUACUGUAGUGAUCUUUGUAAACAGCUGGUUAAUAUCACAUUAAGCAAUAAAUCUGAAAAAAAUGAAGUUAAGGCUUAUAUGAGACACACUCUAUGUAUCUGUAAAACAUAUAUCCCAACUGUUGGUGACGCGAAGCAACCUGUUGGUUUCGAAGCAUGGACAAAGCUGGCAGUAUAUGCAUCUGCCUACGAAUACGGCAACGUUGGAUGUUACAGACAAGAAAAAAUUGGAUUGUGGAUUGCUAAUGCUGCAUGUGCAGCUGUACUCUAUGGACUGGUCGGUGAAGCACCAACGAGUGGUGGUGUCUAUAAAGAUGGGGAUUGGGUACUUGAAACCAGCGCAAGUUAUAUUCAGUAUUAUGCAGUAUAUAAUUCUAUCAUUAAUCCUCUGAUAAUCAGGGAUUGUGUCUUAGCGAUGAUAAUACCAGUUGUAAACUACUUUCGUAAAGGUACUCACGGAACUGAAAAUUCAAUGAAGAAUGACUGUCUGCAUGUCUGGGUUAGCCAAGCGCUUACUGAAAACGGGAUUGUUGACGAGAAAUAG